AUGCUGAAACAGAGGCCGAACAUAAAUCCACACUGCAAUAUGAAGACCAUUGGGGAGCCUUUGCUGAACAUCCAAGCUGGCUGGAUGGUGGGCAAUGACGUGAACGAGAACUGCACGAUCUUGGUCCGAGACGUCCUGGCAGUGUGGUUUGUCCGCAUGGAUUUGGACGGGACGCUGUCCAGGCUCACCAAGAAGUCUUUGACACCGGUUGAAUAUUGUCCAGAUGCGGUGGAGGAGGCACCGGCUGGAGCUACUCGACUGGAGUUUGAGAACAUGCUCGGCAUAUUGAGUGUCCACGGGGCCGGCGUGGUGGCUGCCCUGAUCCUCUUCUGUGCUGGCAGAGCGAAGAGGAGGAUGCCAGACAUCCUAACACCUAGGCAUCGUGGGACACCUGCAGAGAGGAGCGAGGAGGCCCUGACUGAGAUCACUUAG